AUGCAACCAGACAGGAGCUUCCAGAGUUUUGCCUCUAGGUACAGGCAAAGUUCUUUCACAUAUGAUGUGAAGCGAGACGUGUACAAUGAGGAAAACUUUCAACAGGAACACAGAAAGAAGACUGCUUCCUCCGGGAACGUGGACAUCGACAUCAGCACCGUCAGUCACCACGUGGAGUGCAGAUGCUCAUGGUACAAGUUCCAAAGAUGCCUGCUUACCGUGUUUCCCUUCCUAGAGUGGAUGUGUUUCUAUCGAUUCAAGGAUUGGCUUCUUGGAGACUUACUUGCUGGUAUAAGUGUUGGCCUUGUGCAAAUUCCCCAAGUCCUGAUGCUUGGUUUGCUGGCAAGGCAUCUGAUUCCUCCUCUCAAUGUCUCUUAUGCAGCUUUCUGUGCUUCAGUAAUUUAUGGAAUUUUUGGAUCAUGUCAUCAAAUGUCCAUUGGUACAUUCUUCCUUGUGAGUGCUCUGACAAUCAAUGUCCUGAGGACAGAGCCAUUCAACAGUGGCCACUUAUUACUGGGAACUUUCAUCCAGGAUGACUUUUCUAACAUAACCUUCUAUGAGAACUAUAACAGAUCCUUGAGUUCUGUGGCAUCUGUAACUUUGCUAACUGGGAUUAUUCAGCUGUCUAUGGGCAUGUUAGGUUUUGGCUUCAUUGUCACUUACAUUCCGGAGGCUGCAAUCAGUGGUUACCUGGCUGCCACAGCCCUGCACGUUAUGCUGUCCCAGUUGACCUGCAUCUUCGGAGUUAUGAUCAGUUACAAUUCUGGUCCCAUCGCCUUCUUCUAUAUUCUUGGCUUCGCUGCAUUUUCAAACAAGGUAAACAUGGCCACGGAAAACAGCCUGAUGCUCAUUGAGAUGAUACCUUAUAGCUUCCUGUUUCCUGUAACGCCAGAUAUGAGCAAUCUUACUGAAGUUCUUGCAGAAUCGUUCUCCUUAGCUUUAGUGAGCUCGUUUUUGCUCAUAUUUCUGGGCAAGAAGAUCGCCAGUUUCCAUAACUAUGAUGUCAAUUCCAACCAGGAUUUAAUAGCCAUUGGCCUUUGCAAUGUCGUCAGUUCAUUUUUCAGAUCUUACGUGUUUACUGGUGCUGUUGCCAGGACCAUUAUUCAGGAUAAAACUGGAGGAAGACAACAGUUUGCAUCUCUGGUAGGCGCAGGCAUCAUGCUGCUCCUGAUGAUGAAGAUGGCACACUUUUUCUACAAACUGCCAAACGCUAUAGUGGCUGGUAUUAUCCUGAGUAACGUCCUACCCUACCUUGAAGUUGUUUACACCCUACCCAAUCUGUGGAGGCAGAACCAGUAUGACUGUCUCAUUUGGAUGGUGACAUUCAUGUCUGCAAUUUUACUGGGACUGGAUAUCGGACUAGUCGUUGCAGUAACUUUUGCCUUCUUCAUCAUCGCUGUUCAGUCACACAGAACUAAGAUUCUCCUCCUGGGUCAGAUCCCUAACACCAAUAUUUAUAGAAGCUUCCAAGACUAUCGGGAGGUUGCAAACAUUCCAGGGGUGAAGAUAUUCCAGUGCUGCAACGCCAUCACAUUUGUCAAUGUCCACUACCUCAAGCGCAAGGUGUUAGAGGAGAUUGAGAUGGUAAAGAUGCCUCUUACAGAAGAGGAAAUUUAUACCCUGUUCAGUCCAAAUGAAGAGGGCGCACAGCGAGGAAAGAUUUGCCGGUGUUACUGCAACUGUGAUGAACCAGAGCCAUCGCCCAGGGUUAUUUACACAGAACGAUAUGAAGUUCAACGGGGCCGAGAGUCCUCCUUCAUUAACCUGGUCCGCUGCUCACGUUUCGAGAAUGUGGACACAGGCCAAAGUAUGUCUGAAGACCAAGUACCGUACAUAACAUCUUCCUCGUCUCAGAGAAACCCAAACUAUGAGGAGGUGGAGAAAGUCUGGCUUUCUGAUGACCCCUCCAGGAGCAUGACGGUCACACUCCCUGAGGCUUCUGAUACUCAGGUCAGGGCUACAAAACUCCUGCCUUACUCAACUUCAACUGUUCUACCCAGCGUCCACACCAUCAUCUUGGACUUCUCCAUGGUACAUCUUGUGGACGCACAGGCUUUGGUCGUAUUAAGGCAGAUGUUCUGUGCUUUCCAAAACGCCAACAUCUUGGUGCUCAUUGCAGGGUGUCACUCUUUUGUGGUCAGGUCACUUGAGAAGAAUGAUUUCUUUGACGCUGGCAUCACUAAGGCCCGGCUGUUCCUCACCCUCCACGAUGCUGUGCUGUUCGCUUUGUCAAGGAAGCUGCCAGAGUCCUCUGAGUUAAGUGUGGACGAAUCAGAGACCGUCAUACAGGAAACCUUCUCAGAGACAGACAAGAAAGAAGAAUCAAGACAUAAAACAAGCAGAAGUUUUAUAGAAGCCCCCAGGAGUAAAAGUCCAGCCUUCUCCUUACUCCCAGACCCAGAGAUGGAGGAGGAAUCAGACUUGGAUCUGUAUUCCACGAUACAGAUGUCUAAAGACCAUGGGCUGGAUCUGGACCUAGACCUGGAUCGUGAGGUGGAGCCUGAGUCAGAGCUGGAGCCUGAAUCUGAGCUGGAUCAAGAGACAGAGCUCGAGCCUGACCCAGAGGCCAGUCACAAGCCGACUAGGCAGAAGUACUGGUCUCUGUUUAGGGCUAUAAUUCCCAGAUCCCCAACUCACACUCAGGCUAGGACACAGUCGGUAGACAGGAGGCAUCAAAAUGUGAAACCAUAUACAUCCAAGGCUGACACCAGUGAGGAGAUCUAG